AAUGCAUUCAGUAGCUAAGGGAAGCCGGCGUUAGCCUUGCCGAUGGCAGUGUUUUUCCGAGUGACGCUGCAAGUGUACGUUUCAAACAGCAGUAGUUCAUCCCGGUAUGUUUAGUGGAAAACUGCUCGUUUUUUUCAAGUCAGAUCCUCGAAGAGUGGUCGACUCAACGUGUCUCUGAAACCUAGUGAGUGAUAGCUAACAGUCUCAGUUGGCGGGAAUCGGUUUUCAAGGGUCGGGUCGAGAGAACUCAUUUUUCUGGCAUUAGUGCCCCGAGAGUUAUUUAGUUAUUUACAUCGAUAGUUGUGUAGCUGUAAGUCGUUCUCUUACCUCGACUGUGUAGUUUUAUCGGCUGCGAAAAAAAUUCAGUAUGAGGGCCGCAUCGAUAGGGUGGCGGGCGGUGUGUACGAAGAGGAAGGGUGUUCUGCUUUUCACCGCGGUUGUGUCUAUCGUUGGAGAGAUCAGUAUCUCCAAAAUACCCAGUGUCUCAGGCUGGGACCAGGAACAGGGUGUCAAUCCCAAUGGCGGAUUCAACGGCAAUGCUUAUACGUACGCUCUGCCUGAGAAUCGAGGUAACCGGCCUGCGUACGCGGUCAGUGCGCCGGAAGGUGACAGCAACGAAUCAUCUGACGAAGAAUCCUUGAAGAACUCUAAGUUAGGUCCAUAUAAAAGACCUGCUAAGCAUUUUUUCGACAGAAUCCGCGGACGCGAUUAUUACAGACCUCUGCUUGACAGGGGAAGCCGCCUGGGACUUCGCGAGCACGGGAAAGGAGAGAGUCCACAUCAUGGCACCUUUCAUAAAAUCCCGGUGAACUGGGACUUGAACUUUGAACAUUCUCCCGACGAAGCUUCGGAGGUUGAGUCCGCUGUGGACAGCCUCCUCCGUGAAUACCGGGAAAUGGGGAGACGCGAAGCAGAGCUCAUAAGUCUGUCUCCCGGGGGACACGACAGGUCUAGCAGCCGCAGCAGUCUUGCUCGCCUCGCAAUAACUGCAGGUCUGAUAUCCGCAAUUGGAGGGGGAAUGCUGCUUACUUUUCCUGUGGUAGCCAAGGCUCUUGCCGUCGCGGCCGCUGUCGGAGGAGUGGGAUCAACUAUGUGGGGAGUGAAGCAAGUCAUGAGGGGCGGGAAUUCCUCGAAAUCGACUGAACCGCAGCCUGGUGGAGACAUAAACUCUGAGUUUGCUGCAGAAGUAUUUGCGACCGAGAUAGAGAAGGCAAGACACUCUCUGGAAGGAGGACGUGAACAACAAAAAUCAUCGUCAAAAUCCGACGGAACAAAGAGCACCCAGACUCAAAGACGCAGGCGGCACAGCCGCAGCCGGAAACAUGUGAAACAAAAGGAGAAUGAGGAACUGGAUAAGCAGACUGCCUUCGGCACCUCACUUGAUGACUGAUUGAUCGAGAUACAACUCGGGAGGCCAUUCCGUUCCUGAGAGUCGAGCUGGAUCGUGUGAUGUAUAUUAUGCUGAUGGAUUCACUCGUAGCGUUCCCCGUCAACUUUUGAACAGAUGUCGCCAGGGUGACUAGGAACCAACGCGGAAGUCAAACCCAACCAUCGGAUAUUCGCCGAGACUAUCAACCCUCAGAAGCAGAAGAUACUGCAACCGUCUGGUCUGUUCAGAAGUGUGUUGAAACAACAAAAUACCGUAAAACAAUUGCCAGAAGCCGCACGUGAUGUCCAAGACUGUUCGGCUUCAACCGUGCAUCCUGAUGUUCCGGCUGACCAAAACGGUACUCUUGUAUCAUCACCGUGUUUACUUUAGAUGCACCAGUGCCCUCCUGGUCCAGAGCGUGUGUUCAGCCCCUCUACAUGAAGAAUCCCUUCUCUGGGAGACACUGAAUGUGGCUUUCUGAAUAUAGCGUUAUUCGACGUCUGGUACUGCUGGAUGUCUUCUUGCUCAAGUAACUUGUGGGUGGAGCACAGUUUCGUGGUUGAGUAGAGCGAGCUGACAGACUGAAUGUUUUUCACCGGAGGGCAGAGCGCGGAGACUUUGACAAUCGUGAGCGACGUCGCGAGUAGAACAGAAAUUGGAGAAUCAUUGGUAGCAGCCAGUGUGUUCAGUUCGUCUUGGACUUCCGUAUACCAGGACGCAAAGCAAUUCUUCCUACAAUGCUCGUAUGACUACUUUUUCCAUUCGGGACGCCGGGGUAGUUUCGUGCUACGAUAAAGGUUUGAUGCCAUCCUUUUCGAAUGCUUAAACGACGCUGCGUACGAGCACGUCUGCUUUAAUACAUAGUCGGAAAUCGUUUCCUCAGGAAGUGCAUCAGAGAUUCGAACUUUGAUUCUCCGAGUAGUGAAAAGUCAACAGCUGACUUCUGUACGCAUGGCACCCUUCUCGUGUCUGCGACUAACAAAUGCAUCGAGUUUGCCGACGGCGUUUUUCUGCAGUCGAUGAAAGGUCUGGUGUUCACCAAAACUCUAUCACCAUAUUCGUGCAGAGCGACCUUCGAGAGCCAGUCUUUGAUUCUAGAGAAGGUUUGCAUCUCUAUCUUCGUUAUCCAGUUUGAGCAUAUCACCUCGUUGAACACGAGGCGCUUCUGCGCACUAUAAUAGGGGUGGCUGGUACACAAGUUUAAACGUUAGCCAAGGAGGCAUAAAGUUCUGGGGAAUCGACCUCCGUCACAGGUAAUCCUGUUCAUAACUCUUUGCGAUAUGGAUACCGGCAGGGAGCGAGCUGUUUAAAGCGUCAGUCAAGUACGUCUGAAAAAAAAAACUCUGCAAAAUUCGGUAGUCGCUGACACGAUGAGUGUGCCAUGAGUGCGGGACUCCGCUGUUGACUCUUGUUGUCUCUUACAGGCAAAUCAGCUUUGGUGGAGGAAUUCCCGUGCAUUGCUUUGAUCAUGCUUUUCUAGUGUGUGAUGGACAAUGCCUGUUAUGAUGAGUAAGCACAGAGCGCCUGUCGGCAAACACAAGCGGCCAGAUGCGCCAUUCCGCCUAUCGAGUUGAGCUCCAAAAGUUUAGGAGACAGCCGAGC